UUAGUGGAACAGAUCAAGGACGGGCCGCAGCGCCUGAGUACCUGUACGUGAUCUCACACGGGGAGUGAGGCGUGGGGCCCCGAGGAGCGCAAAAUAGGCCCAGCCCGCGUGCGGUGCCGUGCAUGCCACGUGGGUUGGCACAGGGGCGGGGCCUCGGGCUGGCGCGCGGGCGGUGACGUCUCCGGAGGACGGCUCCGAUUGCGUGAGCGUGCUGUGCUGGAGGACGCUGUUGCGUGCGGACGGGCGGGACUUCAGAUGAGAAAGCUGAUGCCCAGAGGACACAGAGAGUGUGAGGUCACAUAGAGGAGGUGGCAGAGUUAGAAGUUGGACCCAGACAGCCUGGCUCCAGGCACCUGCCCUUCACCAUGGGCCCAUCCUGCCUCUUCCUACAAACCCUGCCACAGUCUGUCAUUUUACACACACAGCUGAGUUCCUCAGAGAAAAUUGUCUUUUGGACAAGAAUUGUGCCUCUCCAAUUUGGGUGCGUGGCUGAGCGCAAACAGCUAUGAGAAGCCACAGGAUGGACACAGUGCCACUUCCGGGAGCAAUCCGGUUGACGUGAGGAAUUGGAAGGGAAAAGCCAAGCAGUGUACUUAUCUGCAGGUUGCCCAGCUCUUCCCUGAAACCCAGAGGAUUAGCCAGGAGUGAGGAGCCCAUCCCCAAGCUUGAUCCUGCUCUGCCACUUCCCUGCCCUGUGACCUGGGGCAAGUGACUUCUGCUUCUGUGCUUCACUGUCCUCCUCCGGAAAUGGGGUUAAGAGUACCUGCCUCGGGCUCAGAGUGAGAAUUAAAUAGUGAUCUCUGUGGAGUGAUGCCUGGCACAGCCUCACCUCCCCAGCACGCUGCCCCUCCCCGGAUGCAGACUCUCCUCAGGAAAGAAAAGAUGCCUGUUGCACAAGGGAAGUCCAAACCCAAGGUGCCAGUGACAUUUGGGGAUUUGGCCAUCUACUUCUCCCAGGAGGAAUGGGAAUGGCUGAGCCCCACUCAGAAGGAUUUGUACAAAGAUGUCAUGUUGGACAACUACCAAAACCUGCUCUUUCUUGGACUUUCCUAUCGGAGGCCAAAUGUGAUCACCUUAUUGGAGGAAGGGAGAGCACCCUGGAUGGUGGAACCAGUGAGAAGACGCCGGGGCCUGGCCGGAAUAUGCUCUGUCUUGGUGAAUAUUCCAUGUGAGCUUGAGAAGAAUGUGAAUUCUGCUGCUGUGGAUGAAGCAGUCUACAGAUGUCCAUUAGAUCCGGUUGAUGAUGACUUGGGGUCUAAAUGUGAAACCAAGAAGUUACCUUCAAAUCAUUGCAACAAAUCUGGGCAAAGCAUCUGUCAGAAACCAGUUUCUGUAUCACAAAAAGUUCUCACAGGAAAAAGAGGCUGCAAGAAAAAUUCAGUCCUAAUAAAACCCAAGAAAGUGCAUUCAGGGAAGAAAUCUUUAAAAUGUAAUGACUGUGGGAAAAUCUUUAGUCAAAGUUUAUCUCUUAAACUUCAUCAGAACUCUCAUACUGAAGAGAAGCCUUAUGAAUGUAGUAAUUGUAGAAAAGCUUUUAGACAAGUCUCAUCCCUCAUUCUUCAUCAGAGAAUUCACAGUGGAAGGAAAAGCCAUGAAUGUGAUAAAUGUGGUGAAAGCUUCAUUCAAAGAACAACCCUUGUUCUACAUAAGAAAAUUCAUGAUGGAAAGGAAACCUUUGACUGUGGGAAGGCCUUGAAUCAAUGCCCAUCUCUCAGUAUACAUCAAAAAAUUCACCUUGUUGAGAAUGCUUAUCAUUGCAGAAAAUGUGGGAAAGCCUUCAUUCGAAUGUCAUCCCUUUUACUUCAUAAGAAAAUUCACACUAGAAAGAAAACACAUGAAUGCAAUAAAUGUGGGAGAGGCUUCACUAAGAAAUCAGUCCUUAUUAUACAUAAAAGAACUCAUACUGGAGAGAAAACCCAUGAAAGUCAGAAGGCCUUAAGUCAGCAGAAAAGACAUCAUUUAGAGAAUCCUUAUAAAUGCAGAAAAUGUGGGAAAUUCUUUAAUAGGAUUUCAUCCAUUAUUCUUCAUCAGAGAAUUCACACCUCAGAGAAACUCUACAAAUGUGACAAAUGUGAGAAGGUCUUCAGGCGGUUUUCAACCCUUAUUCUACACUUAAGAAUUCACAAUGGAGAGAAACUAUACAGAUGCAAUAAAUGUGAGAAGGUCUGUAAUCGGCAUUCGUCCCUUAUUCAACAUCAGAAAGUUCAUACAAAGAAAAAGAAACUGUUUGAAUGUAAGGAAUGUGGGAAGAUGUUUUCUGGAACUGCCAACCUUAAAAUACAUCAGAACAUUCAUUCUGAAGAGAAACCUUUUAAAUGCAAUAAAUGUAGUAAAGUUUUUGGCCGUCAAUCAUUUCUGAUUGAGCAUCAGAGAAUUCAUACUGGGGAAAAACCCUAUCAGUGUGAGGAAUGUGGAAAAGCCUUCAGUCAUCGAAUAUCCCUUACUCGACAUAAGAGAAUCCAUACUGAAGACAGACCAUAUGAAUGUGAUCAGUGUGGGAAGGCGUUCAGUCAGAGCGCGCACCUUGCCCAACAUGAAAGAAUUCACACUGGAGAGAAACCAUAUACAUGCAAAACAUGCGGGAAGGCCUUCAGUCAACGCACAUCCCUUAUUCUACAUGAAAGAAGUCAUACUGGAGAGAAACCCUAUGAAUGUAGUGAGUGUGGGAAGGCAUUUAGCAGUGGCUCGGAUCUUAUCCGGCAUCAGAGGAGUCAUUCUUCAGAGAAACCAUAUGAAUGUAGUAAAUGUGGGAAGGCAUAUAGUCGGAGCUCAUCCCUGAUUCGACAUCAGAAUACACAUUCCAAAGAAAAAGCCUACGGUGGUUAUAAAACCAAAGAUUGAGGCUUUGAAAGUAGAGACAGAGGCAUGGCAAAAAUGCAUUUGUCUCUAACAUAAAUUUUGUAAAAAUGAGACCAUUUGAUGAUGUGUCCCAGUUUGAAAGCCAAAGAACAAAAGUCCUUGGUGACUUUUGACCUGAGAAUUUGAAAUCAUCUGAGGCAGUGACCUUUUCAUAGGUCUUAAUCAAGCUCAGAUGAUUGGAUCAGUCACUUUCAAAUGACCCUUUUUCGUUUGAUAAGAAUCACUGGUAUUUUAUUUUCAAUGUCGUUUUAGAGCUAGUUCAUUGUUCACAUAGAGCAAAGUGGAAUUGUCAAGUCCACUUUUGUGGAUGGGGCUUUGAGCCUGAUUUAACAUCACAUGAAGAAAGAGUUUGAGUUUAUCCCUUACAACUACAACUAUCCCAUAUAAGGGACUUCCUGGAAAACCAGGGUGCCACUUAUAGCUGACAAAUUUAUGGGUGAGAAUUAUCGACUGGAUAAAAUAAAUUUUCAGGUAGUCCACAAAAAAGAGGGUUUAUUUGGGAAAAGGAAAAAAGCAAAGCCACCACAGCAGUGUGAGAACGCGUAUCUCCAGCUGGCUGGCCACGUGCAGAAAGAACCCUAUGCCAAGAUGGCCAUAUAUAUAUAUAUAUAUAUAUAUAUAUAUAUAUAUAUAUAUACAUACAUCCCUCAGGAAGUUAGAACCAUAAAGUUUAACAAGAAGUCAGGACUAGGGAGUAACAGGAAGGCCAGCUCCAUCCAUAGAUCUCUGAGCUCCCAGGUCAGUUUUCUAAAAGUGCCAGUUUGCUUUUAUCAAUCCCUCCUUUUGAUCAAGAUCUUUUCUCUAAAAGCAUCGAUGAUCAAUAGUCAGGUCUUCUGGUCUCAGGUUUUCCAGUCCUCAGGCUUUUGUCCCUCAGUGUCAGGAAGGACCUCCUCUGGGUGUCAUCUCUUACAUCAAGGGGAGAGUGCGUGGGUGGGGAACAGCUGGUGUCCAGGGUUGAUGGGCGUCAGGAGCAGAGCUUAAAAACCAUAAGAUUUAAAAGUAGAAUUAGAACAUAACAACCUAGCUAAUAUGGUAGGUGUAAACCAGGAGCCCAAACUGUAGAUAAUGAAACAAAGACCAUUAUUUUAUUAAACAGAUCAAAAUUCUUGAUGAUAGAUUCAACAACCAAAAGGAUUUGGUAACUCAUCUCCUUAGAAAUCACCUGCUUUAAAUUUUGACAGCUUUAGUUUCAGGUCACCAGACUGUGUGCAGUUCCAGUCAGGAUUUGGUGCCCUCUUUAGGUGUGACAUGUGUAUCCAAGAGUCUACUCCCUGCCGUUUAGCAGCACAGGGGUUAGUCAACAGUAUCUGGUAAGGUCCAUUCCAGCAUGGCUGGAGGGAAUCCUUUUUGAGGUGUCUUUCCCAGUAAACAAAAUCUCCAGGUUGUAGAGUAUGAAUUUUUAGUUUUUCAUUUCCCUGGGUGCACAGUGAAACAAUUGUUCUACUAAAGCAUGAUUAUUGUCGAUAGAAGCAACGAAACCUUUACAAUAUUGAAGUAUGUCUCCUUUCACCAACUGUGGAUCAGGAGGCAGGAGCCAAAUGCAUAGGACAUCCUGUCAUUAUCUCAGGUGAAAGCUUAUGAGUCCCAAAAGGGUAGAUCAGAGAUUUAAAAGGACUAAUGGCUUUGUUUUGGUAUUUGAAGAGUUUCUACACAUUUUGCCAGUUGAGUCUUAAUAAUACCAUUAGUGCCUUCAACCAAUCCUGAAGAUUGAGGAUGGUAAGCAUAGUGACACUGUUUGUAGAACUGGCCAAAUAGCAGACUUGCUUUAGCACCUGACCAGUGAAAUGGGUUCCUCGAUCACUGUGUAGUUCAAGAGGAGUUCUCCAAGUGGGAAUAAUCGUUGCUAACAAUACUUUAGCCACUGCAGGCGCUUUAGCUUGUCUGCAAGGGAAAGCUUCAGUCCAGUGAGAAAACAUAGAUAUCAUGACUAAAACAUACUUGUAUACAUGAGAUGGGGGAAGCUGAAUGAAAUCUAUUUGCCAGACCUCAAAUGGUUCAUUUGGCAACUUAAAAUGUCCAGGGUCAGUAUGAACAGUCUUCCCUGAGUUAUACUUUGGACAGGUGGGGCACCUGAGGUAGGCACUUUACACAGCCUUAUUAAUAUCGCCCACCAGUAUUGGUGCAUGAAUGCUACCACUUUGUCAGUAGACCAAUGGUUCAACGCAUGUACAGUGGUUAGAAGAGGGAAUUGUAGAGUUUCUGGUAGGACUGGAUUGUUAUUUGGUCCAAACCAGUGUCUUCUCCUUAUCAAACCAGCAAUUGUUGGAUUUCCAGUUAUGUUUUUCUAAGUUAUCAACUCGAAAAGCUUCUCUUUGGACCAUAACAGAGGUUUGACUGCUGCUGACGCCUUUUAGGGCAGCAUUUUUAGCAGAAAUGUCAGCAAGGUGAUUUCCUUUAGCUUCCAGGGAAUCAAGUUUAGAAUGUUCUGGAAUUUAAAUAGCUAAAGCAUCAUGGGAAACCGUCCAGUAAUUCCCGUACAUAUGGGCCAUUUUAAGUUUUCUCUUCAUUGGAGGUAAGAAAACCACGUGUCCAUAGCAUGCCAAAGUCGUGAGCCACUUGAAAAGCAUACCUACUAUCAGUAUAAAUGUUGACAGUUUUACCCUUUGCUAAAAUACAAGUUUGAAUGAAAGCAUAUCAUUCAGCCUGCUGCGCUGAAGUGGCCAGAGGCAAAGGUGCUGCCUUGAUGACUUCUGAAGGGGCUACAACAGCAUAAUUAGCACAGUACUCACCACUGUUGUUUUUUAAGUAUGAACCAUCAGUAAAGUAUGAGAAAUCAGCUUUACCCACAGAGAUCUUCUGUAAAUCAUCACAAGGAGUAGGAAGGGGGUCUGUCAGUGUCAGGCAGUCAUGAGGGAGUGCCUCAGUCUCAGAAGGAAGAAAAGUAGCUGGAUUAAGGUUAUCACAGUGCGAACAGGUUAUGUGGGAAACAGUUCACAGAAGGAUUUCUUAGGAAGUAAGGCUGCUGACUGACAGAUGCUGAGUGUGACGAGAAUUCAGGAGAGCUUUAACUGCAUGAGCCACAAAAAUGGUUAGAGGGGAUCCUGCAACAAUCUUCUCUGUGGCCUUAACCAGGAGGGCAGUGGCAGCAAUGGCUCUGAGGCAAGGAGGGAUCCCCGAGCCACAGGGUCCAGUCUCUGACUGUAGUAUCCCAGGGGUUUAUGUUGAUCCCCAUGUUUCUGAGUAGGAACCACAAGGGCAUUUCCUUCUCAUGCACAGAAAGAAAGAAGGGAACCUGGUGGUUAGGCUGCCCAAGAGCAGGGGGUUCAUUACACUCUCCUUCAAGGCCCUAAAGGCCGUGUCAUCCUGUUCCCAUGAAAUUGGGUCAGGACUGUCAUUCCUUAAUAGGACAUACAGAGGUUUUGCCAUAAGAGAGAGAUUUGGGAUCCAUUCUGGCAAUAGCCGACUAGCCCAAGAAAACCUUGCAAUUGGCGCUUAGUUUUGGGCUUUGGGAAACUUAAGACACCAUGGAGCCUGUCUGGAUCCAGGUGUAGACCUUGUUCUGAUAGCAGAUGUCCCAAAUAUCUAACCUGAGUUUGAGCAAAUUGUAAUUUUUCUUUAGAGACCUUAUGUUCCUUUAAGGCCAAAAGUGUCAACAGAUGGAUACUAUCAUCCUGUGAGGAAACCUGAGGAAAACAAAAGAAGUAAAUCAUCCACAUAUUGUAACAAGGUGGAACCUUUAGGAAAAAUUACAUCAUCCAAAUCAGUCUUCAGAAUCUGUGCAAAAUAAGAAAGUCUGUCAGUAAAACCCUGAGGCAUUACUGUCCCGGUAAAUUACUUUCCUUUCCAAGUGAAAGCAAAAAGUUAUUGGCUAGCUUCAUAAACUGGGAUGCUAAAGAAUGUGCUGCAUAAGUCAAUUACUGUAAAGAAUUUACUUCCAGCUGGAAUGGAUGCCACCAGCAUAUGAGAGUCAGGAACAACAGAGUGUCAAAGGAUAGCAAUGGGGUUUGUUGUUAGGAGGUCCUGGACAAACCUCCACCCUCGUCCCUUUGGCUUUCUCACAGGUAGAAAGGGAGUGUUACAAGGAUUAGUGCAAGAAAUAAUAAGACUCUGAGUUAUAUAAUGUUUUAUUAUGGGCUUUUUACCUUGGAAGACCUCCUUAUAGAAUAUUAAUUCCGGGUGGUGAACACACAAUGGGAUUUAUAGAUGAUGUAAUACAGAAUUGUACACCUGAAAUCUAUGUAACUUUACUAACAAUUGUCACCCCAAUAAAUUUUUAAAAAAAGA